AUGGCGGGUAACUUUGCUGAAAGAGAAGAGAACGUAUUUAAAGAAAUUGAAAUUGAUGAAGGUGAAGAAAUUUUGGUGGGAAAUGAAAGGACUGUUUUUGAAGAAAAUGAAGUGGUUGUAUUGGAGGAUAGUGAAGAAGAAAACAAGAGAAGGAUGUCUUUUCCAGAUUUUAUUGAUGUUGUCAAUCCAAUUUCUGUGCUUCUUUUGUUUUUUGUCAGUUAA